AUGAUGCUGAUAAAAAGAAGAUCCAUUAAUCUCCUGCUCUUGGGUUUUCUGUUUGUGCAGACAUGCAUGUUUCAGUUGGCCCAAUCUUCCACCAACUUUACCGACCAAUCUGCUCUCAUUGCCUUCAGUUCUAAGAUAGAUACUGGUCCAAACAAUACUGUCUUGGCUGCUAACUGGUCCACUGCUACAAACUUUUGCAGUUGGAUUGGGGUCUCAUGUAGCCGACGCAGGCAAAGAGUCACUGCUUUGAACCUUUCCUACAUGGGUCUCCAGGGCACAAUUUCUCCUCAUAUUGGUAACCUCUCCUUCCUGGUUUAUCUUAAUCUACGCAACAAUAGCUUCAUUGGUUCUCUACCUCAUGAGAUCAGUCACCUACGUCGCUUGAGAAUACUCCAAUUGUCAUCCAACCUAUUGGAAGGUAGUAUCCCUCCAACUUUACAUAAUUGCCUGAAGCUUCGAAGAAUAGAUCUUAGUGCGAACCAUCUUGUGGGUGUAGUUCCAUCGACCAUUGGCAAUAUGUCUUGGUUAGAGCACCUGAAUUUGGAUUACAACAGUCUCACUGGUCCGUUUCCUUUUCUCAGUUUUAACAUAUCCUCUAUAACCCAAAUUGGUGUUACAGAUAAUCACAUCUCAGGAACACUUCCAAUGGAUCUCUGCAGCCAUUUUCCUAAACUUGAAGGGCUUUAUCUUUCGGGCAACCAAUUGAGCGGUCGGCUCCCUUUACAAAUGUAUUACUGCAGAGAGCUUGUGGAUUUAUCCCUUUCUUCCAAUAAAUUUGAUGGGAGUAUUCCACAAGAGUUUGGGAGUAUAGAAAAGCUUGAAUGGCUAUUACUUGGAGGUAACUACUUAACCGGUAUUAUACCUCCUUCCAUAAGUAACUUGUCACGGUUAUCUGUUUUUGGAAUUGAGAGUAACAAUAUCAAAGGAAGCAUUCCGAGUGAUUUAUGGCGUCUUCCAAAUCUGUCGAUAUUGAAUUUUGAAUUCAAUUAUCUCAUAGGAGAAAUCCUCCAAAACAUUUUCAACAUUUCCUCUCUACAAGGAAUUUCCAUGGUAACUAAUUCCCUAUCUGGCAGUCUUCCAUCAAAUACUGGGUUUUCUUGCCCUAAUCUUGAAGCUUUGCUAAUUGGUCGAAACAAAUUUAGUGGUUCAAUUCCAUCAUUUCUUUCAAAUUGUUCCAAGCUCACCCUAAUAGAUUUUGAUUCAAACUUAUUCUCAGGACCAAUUCCCAAAAGUCUUGGACACUUAAAAUACCUCCAAAAACUUAGUUUGAGUAUGAAUCUCUUAACAGGAGAGCCUGAAGAUCAAGAGCUUAGUUUCCUUUCAUCUUUAUCUAAUUGCAGAUUUUUGGAAACUUUGUACAUAUCUAGAAAUCCCUUGGAUGUUACUCUUCCCGAGUCCAUUGGAAACUUUUCAACCACCCUUAGAGGCUUUUAUGCAUAUCGAUCCCAAAUAAAGGGUCAUAUUCCUAUGACUAUAGGUUCCUUAAAAGGCUUGAACAUACUUUAUAUGGGCAAUAACAAUUUGACUGGAAACAUACCAUCCACAAUUGGGGGAUUGGAGGGGUUACAAAGAUUAUAUCUUGAUCGAAAUAGAAUUGAAGGAGUCAUUCCCGAAGACAUAUGUCAGUUAAAGAACUUGGGCGAGUUAUAUCUCUCAAAUAACAAAAUCUCUGGAUCCAUCCCAAAAUGCAUUUCGAACCUCAAACUUUUGAAACAGCUAUACUUGAAUUCUAAUAGACUAGAAUCAUCAAUACCAUUAAAUUUAUGGAGUCUUGAAAAUCUUUUGUUUUUGGACUUAUCAUCCAAUUCCCUUGGCGGAUAUUUAUCUCCAAAAAUGAAAAAAUUAGAUUCUAUUGAACUCAUAGAUUUAUCUUGGAACCAAAUUACUGGAAACAUUUCAAGCAUUAUUGGAGCUUUUGAAAGCCUAAGUUAUCUUGAUUUGUCAAGAAACUCAUUUCAAGGAGACAUUCCACAAUCUUUUGGAGACUUGAGAGGAUUAGAUGUGUUAAACCUCUCAUAUAAUAAUCUCUCUGGUAUAAUUCCUAAGUCUCUUGAAGCACUUCCAUAUCUCAAGUAUUUGAAUGUGUCUUUUAACAAGCUAUCUGGAGAGAUACCAUCUGGUGGGCCUUUUACAAACUUCACAGCUAAAUCAUUUUUAGGAAACAUAGCACUUUGUGGGAAUCCAAUAUUUGGAGUCCCACUUUGUCCAAGCCCAAGCUCCAAAGGAUCAAAGUUAAAACAGAGUUUCUCAAAAAUUAAUGUUUAUGUUUCUAAGUUAGUAGAAUGA